AUGGCUCUCGAGACGACCCCGCUGCGAAUCGAACGGCGAGAGAGUGUCGAUGGCCUCCCGCAGCCUGAUGCAUAUGCUGCCGCCUUCGACCCGGACGGCGACCCAGACGAUCCUACGCAGUGGCCGGAGGCAUAUAAAUGGGCCAUGGUGGCUGUCCUAGCGCUCAUGCCCUUUACAGUGACAUUCACCUGCAUCUCCAUUGUGCCCGUAGCCAGCCGCAUCGUCCAAGACCUCGACGGCCGCGACCACGACUACGACCAUCUCACGUCGUCCAAGUCGGCGGGCGUCCUCCUCGUGACGAUAUGGGAGCUCGGCGAAGCGGCUGGGCCGCUGCUCAUCGCGCCGCUCUCCGAGGCGCUCGGCCGCGCCCCCCUCCUGCACGGGACCAACGCCCUCUUCGUCCUCGCCACGCUGCUGGCCGCGCUCCCGCGCACAACCAGCUCGCUCGUCGCUGCGCGCACGCUCACCGGCGCCACCGUCUCGUCCAACGUGCUGUACCCGCCCAUCGUCGGGGACGUGUUCCCGCCCGAGCAGCGCGGCCGCGCCCUCAGCGUCUUCGUGUUCGCAACGCUGCUGGGUGGUACUCUCGGCCCGGCAUUUGGCGGCGUCGCGGCCGAGACGACGACGACGAUGUUCGGCGGUGGCGACGGCUGGCGUGUUAAGCUGUGGGCGAGCCUUGCGCUGGCGACGCUGUGCGAGGUGCUGGCGCUCGCCUUCUUCCGCGAGACCAAGAUGGAGCGCCCGGCGCCUCAGUUUCGCAUCUCGUCUGUCAUGUGGCCAUUUGCCGUGCUGUUCGGUUUGGGCGUGCUGGCGUCGUUAGCCGUCUUCGGUUCCGUCAUCUACUCGUACUUUACGUCGUGCAUAGGAUCUCUCAUCGGCAUCGCCAUCUGCAGCCUGUCCCUCGACAGAAUCUAUGAGAGGCUCAAGGCCAAGAAUGCCGGGGUCGGCCUCCCCGAAUACCGGCUGCCGAUGGCCGUCGUCGGGGCCUUGACUCUCCCGCCGGGCAUUGCGCUCUACGGCUGGUGCGCCGAGUACGCGCUGCCCCUCUGGCUCCUGUACGUGUCCGUGGUCUGGAUCCGCAUGGCGCUCAUGCUGGCCUUUUUGCCCCUGAUGGCGUACGUCGUGGACGCUUACAGCGUCUACUCGGCGUCCGCCAUGACGGGCGUCAUCGUGACGUGGUGCCUGGCCGGUGCGUUUCUGCCUCUGGCGACGGUCUUGGUCAUUGAGCGUCUCGGGUACGGGGCGGGGUUCGCCACGCUGAGUGGGCUGUGUCUUGUCCUGGGCUUCAUCCCGGCGGUGAUUAUGCGGUGUGGAUCGCGGCGCAGGCAGCUCGCUGCGUACGCUUAG